AUGAACAUCACAGUCCCCAUUUACGCGCAAGGCCCCAACUACGCCAACCUCCGCCAUCCCAAGUCCUUCCCCAGAUUCACCACCCUCCCCGGCGAUCCACCCCCAGGUCUCGAAAAGGACGAGUGCGACAUAACCUACUACGACCUCCAUGAAGUGGCAGACGACCCCGACGCCGACCCCAUCCGCCACUGGUGUCUGCUAGCUGAGAUCCUGGCAUUCCUACGCUCCGCCGAGAUAACAGUCAUCAUGGUACGCGACAAAGUGGGCCGCAUUGUGCCGGUCAAGGUUGAGACGGAGGAGUAUGAACAGACUUUCCCGGUUGAGCAGGUCGUGCCGGGACAUGCUAUUGCGCUGCUGUACUCGGUGCGUGAGACGUAUAAGUCGGCUUUGAUUGUCCCCGUUGAUGACACUGAGUGGGUGAAGGAGUGCCAGCAACAAGGCCAGAACGGUGCGCGCCAUAAACUGGAGUGCCAGAUUGUUGCAGAUGAGGACUUUCAGUUUAUGAUGACUGCUAACUGGCGGGUUUUUGAAGAAGAUUAUUACUUCUUUCCUACCAAGCGCGAGCCACUAUUGCCGGGGGCGUUGGACCAUUAUUACUAA